AUGAAAAAAUUAAACAUAUUGCUAUCGGUGUUACUAUUGUUGCUAGUGGUAACCAUUUCAUCUUCUUAUAAUCAUAAUCUUCAUCGUAAUCCACGUCAUGAUAAUAUAAAUGUUGAUAUUAACAACAACAAUAAUAAUAAUGUAGAUAUUCCAAAACAACAACAACAACAACAACAAAAUGUACAUCAUCACCAUUCUUCAUCUUCAUCUUCUUCAUCGUAUAGUUAUUCAUCAUCAUCUUCAUCCUCAACACGUAAAACAGUUAGUUCACAUACAGAAUAUCAUAGAUCUUCAAGCUCAACUCAAAAUACAAACAACAACAACAAUCAACUACCUGAUACAGAAGAACUAACAAGUGUAGUUACAACAUGUCAAGAUGGUAUUUGUGAAACUACCUACAAUGUACAUCCAAUCAGCAAGCAUAACUAUAGUUUCAGUGCAUCCAAAUCAUCGAAUGGUGUAACUGUUUCCUAUACAAACAACAAUGGUGAUGAGCAAAUUAAAAUCAAAGGAGUAGAUACAUCAUUGGUAUCAGACAGAGAAAAACAAGAAAUGAUUAAAGCAUUUAGAAAAGAAUUAAAAGUUCCUGGAUAUGCUGAAUAA